GGAAAUGUCAUUUUUACUUUCAAGUAUAUCCACAUUAUUGGUAUAUAUUCUCUAGAUGUGAUUCUGUCACACCGUAAUUUUUUAUAUUUGGCUCAAUUUAUAUAAUAAGAUAAGCUUGUGUUGUGCCCUGAACAAGCAUGAAUAGUGAGAUGGGAUGCAUUAAAGAGGAGAAUUGUGGAAGCCAGACGCUCCAAAAACUUGCAGAGCAGCUUUACUCUUACAAAUCCCCUAGUGUUAGUGCCAGUGAAGAAGAAGAGAGCAAGUAUUGUGAUAUUAUUGGCUCAAAUUUUGGAUACAUGGAGUCUCUAGUAGUGCCAAAUGAGCAUUGCUGUAGCUGUGUAAAUUGGAGGAAGAAGAGAGCAGCUGUCUUGAUUUGCCUCUUCGAAGGCCAUGAAGGGGAGCUGCGUGUUAUUCUGACUAAGAGAUCUAUGAAAUUGUCUUCUUAUCCAGGGGAUGUAGCACUGCCAGGAGGAAAAAUGGAAGAAGGAGAUGAAGAUGAUUCUGCAACUGCACUAAGAGAAGCCAUGGAAGAGAUCGGAUUGGAUUCUGAAUUGGUUCAAAUUGUUGCCAAUUUCGAGCCUUUUGAUUCCCAGGUACAAUUUCUUUCUUUUGUUUAUUUUUUCGGGGUCCAAAAUCUAAAUUUCAGAAUGGACUUCAUGCAGAACCAGCUUAAGGUUGUCCCUGUGAUAGGCCUGCUAUCCAGGAUUGAAGAUUUCAAUCCUGUUCUCAAUGCCGAUGAAGUUGAUGCCAUUUUUGACGCCCCUCUAGAAAUGUUUCUCAAGGGAGAUAAUCAUAGAAUUGAAGAGAGGGAAUGGAUGGGUUGGAAAUAUCUUCUCCAUGAUUUUCGGUUCAAGUCGAAGCAAGGGGCUGCUUUUCACAUUUGUGGUUUGACCGCAAGCAUUCUAAUCAGAGCAGCCUCUGUUAUCUACCAAAAGGCUCCAGAUUUCGAGCAUGAACAUCUUCCUGACUUUCAACAGUUGCAAAAGACCUUAAAUAAUAUGGCUUAAUCACUUAAUUCUACUACUUUUAACAGUGCAAUUACGAUGUAAUAUCUAUAUGUCAAAUUCAUCCAGUAAUUAGUUUCUCAGAAACUCCUCAGAGUCUAUCCUUGACAUGGGUCGACUUUGAUAGUUUGAUUCAGCCUGGAAUAGAUUGGUUAAUCUUAAAAAGA